CCGAAAAAGAGGUGGUCUUGAUGCCGCUUCAGAACGUCCUGAAAUUGCUGCGUACAUAAUGAUAAAGCUCUGGGUGUUUUUCUUGUCUGCGAAACUUAAACUUGAACGCUAUUUCACUUGAAUACGUUCUCACUUAUGAUUUUCCAUGCUUCAUCACCUAUGUUGUGACGACUACACUUUGCGAGUGCAACAAUGGCGGCGUUGCGGCAACAGCAUGCCGGUUACCUUGCGCGGAAGGUUUUCAAACUCUUCGUCCUUAUCUCUACAAGCGCGACAACCGUGGAGUCCGUCCGCAUUGCGCUAUUGUCCGCCCGUGCAACUGUGCCGCAGGGGGAGCCCUCCUCCAGCAGGGCCGGCACUGCUCGCGAGAUUCCGAAGCCCCUGGACGAUGUCCCGGAUCUCCAUCAGGCCUCCGACGGGGAUGAUCAGCAUAAGUUUCACCUCAACUACGAAGUAGAUGCAGUCCCCAUCGUGUCUCCGGGAGGAACACUUCUCUGCAGGGCGCGGCCGGACGCCACGUUGGGCGAGUUGCGACAGGACUUGCACGUGCGUGGCACGGACCUGCGAUUCAUGCUUCCGUGCGGGACCAUCCUCCACGACGAGCAGUGCAAGCUCGCGGACUGCGCGCUAUCGCCAACCACGGCGCCCAGCAGCCGAGGAUCCUUGUCCGCAUCCACUUCCUUUUGCACAAACCCUGAAGAUGGGGCGAGUCCGCGAGAAGAGGGGGCUGAAGAAGAUCUAGAUGAUGUGGAACACUUACCAUUACGCAAUGGUUACGACGAAUUCAUCGAGACAGAGUUUAAGGAGCACCGACCGGCCUACGUCCUGCUCACGAACAAUGCUCACUCAGAGAUCUUCAGCUUGGCACACGACCCCGUGGUCGACGAUGCUGAUUCUGCGGGGCCUACCGUUGCUGACAAGGACGGGUUGCAGUCUGGUCGCUUGAAGAAAGCGAGCAGCCUGUGCGAGGGUGAGCCAGGACUACACACUGCGUCACAUCUCGCUGGAUUUUCAAAUAAGCAGCGCCUUUCACCCCCGCAGCAAGAGAUUUCGAGUAAAAGCGCAUGCUCCGGUAGUUGUACCACGAAACCGACAAUCACAGCGGUGCGAGUGUCGAAAUUCGCUAGCUUUCUCGCUUCCCUUUCCGAAGGCAACAGUGUCGCGUCGCUGGAUCCGCGCAGUGGGCCUUGGGCGGCUUGUGGCAGCACGCUGCGGGAGCUCUAUGAAACCGCGUGCAAAACCUUGGACACAGAGGAAGAGUACACUGUGGAGCUAGAUCUCGGAGAUUCAUCGUCUCAACAGGAAGCAGCAACGAGCAGUUCUGCAGAUCAAAAAAGUGCAAACCAGCCUGUGCUGGAGCCCUUACUGGAGGAGAAGGUCCGGUUUGGAAAUUACGUGUCGACAAUCGAUUUGGUUGGAAAUGCAAUUCUGCUCUCCUGCGACGUGCGGGUGCCGGAAAAAGAGAGGGCGAAGUUGAGAAGUAGUACAAAUUCUUCGUCCACCACAGCUACUGGGAGAAGUCCUCGCAACAACGCCAAUCCAGUAUCAAAAGGAAAAAUCCCCCCACCCCCGAACUUGAAAGCAUUUGUAUUGCAAACCUUUCCAAAUGAAACAUUCGCCCUCUUGCACCUAUCAGCAUCACAGGUUUCCAACCGUGAAUAGCGAAAAUUUGUAUUGCAAAAGACCCCAGCAAGAGCGGCGCUUGUCAUGCAAGCGAUGCGAUACACGCCUAGACUCCGCAUCAGAAAGAUUCAUACUCGUUUCAUGCAUGACAAAAAGUUUUCAUUUGGAAACUCCGCAUCACAAAUUUUUGCAAUUUGAGGGGUGGGGGGCACUUUUCACUGUAAUAUCCAGCACGGCCGCCGGCACCGGACAACCCCUGCUUUUUCGAGGUGCGCGUGGUAUGGAUUGCAAAAGUGUCUGGGUCUGGAAGAUUGCAACUUGUCAUGCUAAAUCCGAAUCAUGCAAAACUCUGUGUUGCAUGAGUGCCACAAGCUGUCCACUUUCGACCAAGCUGGGAGGGAGUUUCUCAUGCAGCAUAGGCAUGGCAGAGACCUCACAGACUCUGUCAUGCUAGGUCCCGCAUUCCGGACCUCAAGGGUCAUGGAAAACCUGCAAGAGACACUCUUCCAGACCUAGACAUCAUAUUUGCAGUGCAUACGUGGCACUGCUUUGCAACGACGGCAGCGGGGAGGAGGACGAGAAGGAUCUAACGCGCCAGCGUCGCUUGCGCGGCCAGAUCUUCGACUCGGUAAUAUCCAGGAAGCUCCAAAGUGUCCGGUCGUCACCCAGUACGCUGCUCGCGUUUCAGGUCGUCGACUCCACGAAGCGGCACACGCUGCUUUCCAUCAUGCGCAACCACUGCAAGCACCGCUGGCUGCGAGAGGGGUACCUGUGAGGGGUGGUGUCAUCAGCAGCCUUUAGGUAAUUUCGAAUUUCAGUUUUUCCUCAUUUUAGUGUCUUUAUCUCUAAGCAAUCGUGCUAGAAGUUCUCGAAGUUUCGAAACAUCAGUGCCUGUUUAGUAGGAGAAUCAAAAACAAAAUAAAAAUGAAAGUAUUGACUGCGCAUGUUGCGGAGGAGCGCAAAUUGUUUAGAAGAUUCCCAUUUACACAUAGCAAUGUCAACACCACAUUGAUUCAUGUGCUGGAGUUGCCGCACGAGCAACACGAUUAAACUGCUGAACUGCAGAGAUAGACUAUUGAAUUUUUGACCCGAUCUGCGCGAAUAGAUAGUAAAUGACCGCAUUGCACCAGCAUGGAGUUAU